AUGAGCGCAAUCACUAUCGGAGUUUUGGCCCUACAGGGCGCGUUCAGCGAGCAUAUCCAGCUACUACAGCAAGCCGCCAAUUACAUCGAUUCAGAAGACAAUGCGACAGCAAGAAAGUGGCAAUUCAUCGAAGUCCGAACCGUCGAACAACUACAAUCAUGCGCCGCCCUUGUCCUCCCCGGCGGUGAAAGCACCACAAUAUCCCUCGUCGCCGGACGAUCCGGUAUGCUGGAGCCCCUACGCGAGUUCGUCAAGGUGUCCAGGAAGCCGACGUGGGGCACGUGUGCAGGACUCAUUCUCCUCUCCGAGUCUGCCAACCGCACAAAGCAGACGGGACAAGAGUUGAUCGGAGGACUGGACGUGAGAGUCAAUCGCAACCACUUUGGUCGUCAGGUCGAGAGUUUCGAGGCGGCAUUGGAUCUGCCCUUCUUGGCUGAGGCCGGCGGCGAGGCAUUUGCUACCAGCACCAAGCCCUUCCGCAGCGUCUUCAUCAGAGCACCCGUGGUUGAGAAGAUCCUGGAGACACAAUCUGGAGCACAAGAGGAAGAAGCAAAGUUGGACGACACGGUGGUUGCGCCGUCAAAGGCAGCAUCGAACGGAAAGGCGGUCGGCAAGGUUGAAGUCUUGUGUAGACUCCCAGGGCGCGCACAGGCUUUGAACGACAAGAAGCUGACAGCAAGAGAGGUUGGAGAGGAGGGAGACAUUGUGGCCGUCAGACAGGGCAAUGUGUUUGGCACGAGCUUCCACCCAGAGCUGACGGGCGAUGCCAGAAUUCACGUGUGGUGGAUCAAGCAGGUUCUACAGGCUUUGCAGUAA